GCCGCAGGCCGAGCAAAACCAAAACCGUUGUCAAGAAGAGACGAGCGCACUUCUGCUAAUGCUUCCUCAUCUUCACGUCAGACGAGUAGCGAGCAAGAAACGGCGGAUUACAUCCGCGAGAGCCGAGAACGCAGCCGCUCUACUAGGAGCACCAGGGCCGCCACGAC